UGUUCAAGACAAGAACGAUGAGAAACCGGUGUUUCGGAACAAACCUGUACCAUUCUUGGCGACCGUCUCCACCAACCCUGGUCUCGGUGAGAAUGUAUACACUCUGUAUGCGUACGACCCAGACGAGAAUUCACGCCUUCAGUAUAACCUUGAAUCAGGUGGGGAAGGGAAAUUUCGUAUUAGGACGGAGGAAGACCUAGACACUGGUGAUAUUGUUGGUAAAAUCGUUACAAUGGUGAGCGGUCCUGGUCAGUUCUCAAACGGUGUAGAGUUCACGUUAGUAGUGUCAGCACAGGACAUGGCAGCUGGAACCUCGCCAUCGCAGAAGUCCGACUUUGCCGUGGUAAAAGUUCUUGUCGGACUUAGACCUCCUCAGCUGUUUGAAAAUCCUUUCAGGGCUAAAGUUUAUGAGAGAAGUGGUCCAGGAAGCAAAAUAUUAGACAUGGACAAUAAUUUUUUGCGGAUUCGUUUGAAACUGUUUCAAGAUUCGGUUCAUAACAAGACAACGUUUAACCUGACCAAGGCCAAUGGUAAAUUGUCCGGUUUGUUCAGCAUUACCAGUACCGGAUAUGUCGAGACUCUUCAAGAUUUAGAUUACGAGGAACUACCAAACCAGUACACGCUGAAUGUUACCGCCACUGAGGAAGAGACUGGUCUCUCAAGCACCUCGCAGUUGAUAAUCGAUGUAGCAGACGUAAAUGACAACAGUCCGAAGUUUCAGUUAUCAACGUACACGUUCAUGCUGUCAGAAAAUACCCCUGUUGGAGGUCCAGCUUUACCUUUACAAGUUAUGGCGACAGACAGGGACUCUGGUAUAAAUCGGGAGUUACAGUACUUUGUCAGUGACAACCAUUUCAGUAUACAGACAAAAUUCAUCAACAACCAAUAUGUAGGACAGAUCACAGUUGCUCAAAAACUUGACUUUGACUUCCGCACUGAUCAUCAGUAUAAGUUUAAUGUGACUGCUCGAGAUAAAGGUGGGAUCCCAAGAUCUGGUAUGGCGAGCGUUAUCGUGUAUGUUACCAACGUUAAUGACGAGGCUCCAGUGUUUGGCAUUGGCAGCGAGCAUUUGUUGACCAAGAUCAGUGAGGAGCAGACGGCAGGAAGUGUCGUAACAAUCAUACAGGCAACGGAUGCUGACGGAGAUAAUAUUAAAUAUUAUUUUACACCGAUGAACACACAAAGUCCACCAUUUCGCAUUGACCCCGACUCAGGUUUGAUCACUUUGACAAGAGGCCUGCCAGAGUCCAUUCCCUUCUAUACGUUGAACAUCACAGCGUACGACGACGGCUCAUGUUGUGGCGAGGCGAAGUCUCUGUCCAGUAACACUUUUAUCAUAGUCGAGAUCAAAGACACAAACAACAACCAGCCACAGUUUCCAAGUUGUAACUAUGCGCCAACUGUACUGGAAAAUCAAGAUAUCGGAACAUUUGUUGUUCAGGUAACAGCUAUUGACAAUGAUAGAGGAAACAAUGGUAAUAUCACAUACUCCAUUGUUACAUCACCACGGCAACCAAAACAGUUCGAAGUUGACCCAUUAAACGGACGAGUCGUAACAGCAGUACGAUUUGACCGAGAGGCUCUAACUGGUGCACGCAGCAUUCCGGUCACCGUAAAAGCUGCUGACCAGGGUGAGCCGCAAUCCCUCGAUUCACAUUGCACGUUUUGGGUACAGAUUGGUGAUAUCAACGAUAACUCCCCAACGUUCGACUCUCCGUCAUACGCCACAUCAGUCAGCGAAUCAUCGUCGGCAUCUGUUAAACAGGGACGUAGAAUUUUUGCCGUGCGUGCUACUGAUAGAGAUGAAGGGGAAAAUGCAAAUAUCAUCUACACAUUGACAGAUAAUCCUGGAGACUUCUUCAGCGUUGAGCCAGACACUGGUAUUAUAUACCUGGAUAAAGGGCUAUAUGGGAGAGAUUCUGUAAUACUGCGUGUAAAGGCCGAGGAUCAGGGCGACCCUCCACUAAGUGCGUACAGCUCUGUCACCAUUAGUAUAACUGAUCGUACCAACAACCCGCCCACGUGGAAUAACGAUAACUACGAGAGAGAAUAUCGAGUGAAAGAGACAGCUACUAUACCAUAUAUCAUAGCAGUCAUGGAAGCUUCUUCAAACACCGAGGCACCGUUCGAUGGUCUGUCAUUUGCACUGAUUGACUCGAUGGAGAACACAGUACAACAGUUAGGGCCAUUUAGGAUAUAUCAAGAAGGAAAUACAGUUACACUUAUCUUGAAGGGACAGCUUGAUUAUAAUGUUCAAAACAGAUACGAGCUGCGCUUGAGGGUUACAAACCAGGGGCAGACUCCACUCUCUGCUGAGAUUCGGCCAAUCAUCGUGGUGAAGGACAUGAACAACGAGCCGCCACAGUUCGAGGGUCUUGACCCAACCUUGAGUAACUCAUACCGAGGAAGUGUACCAGAAAAUGAACCACCGGGAAAGACUGUGUUACAGAUAAAAGCCGUGGAUCCGGAUCAUGAUCCCCCAAACAAUGAGGUGAGUUACAGCUUGAUGGAGGACCCAAAUGAUGCGUACAUGCACUUCAACAUUGAUAAGUUUACUGGGAUUAUAACGACGCGGAGUCAGUUUGAUCGUGAGGAACAGAGCGUGUAUUAUAUAAAGAUAAAGGCUGUAGAUGGUGUCAAUUCCGAUGCUCCUGGACAUUUCCCAGAGAAUACACCAAAUAGUGCUACCGCACAAGUUCAGGUUAUGAUAGCAGAUAAGAACGACAAUCCCCCAUACUUUAUAAAGGAGAGAUGGGAAAUCUCCGUACCUGAACAACGUGCCGACAGUAACGGCAGAAUUCUUACUGUCGUAGCGAAAGAUCUUGACGAAGCUGACCAGUUAUCAUAUACAAUAACUGAAGGGAAUGUAAAUAACGUGUUCGGUAUUAAACAGAAGACAGGGGACAUUUAUGUAGCUAAGACACUGGACUAUGAAACUCCUCCGACAAGUUACCAGUUACGUGUGAUGGUACAAGAUGGCAGAUUUGAAAACUUUACGGAAGUACUGAUUGAUGUGACAGAUGUGAAUGAUAACCCACCUGAGUUCAGUCAAAAUGUUUACGAGAUAAACAAUGUAGUGGAAGAAACUAUCCCACCCUAUCCUGAUGGUCAAUUUCUUGUUCAGGUAUCAGCUACCGACAAGGAUGUGAGUCGCCAGAGUAAUUUUAGGUUCUUUAUCACGGGGGACGGCACUGAGCCUGCCGAUCCCGUCUUCACCAUUGAGCCAGACACCGGUAAAAUUUUCCUACGUAAAAAGUUGGACAGAGAUCAGCCACAUGGGCGUGAUGUGUACCAGUUCAAUGUGAGGGCAGAGGACGAGCCUGACACCCCAGCUUCACUUUCCGGAUACGCUUACGUUAAAGUCCUACCUCUGGACAUAAAUGAUAAUGCUCCAGUUUUUAGAGAGGGUGAUCUGAAGGGAUCAGUACAGGAACAUUCUAAAGCAGAUCAGUCAGUAAUGACGGUGGUAGCAACAGAUCAUGAUGCCGGACUUAACGGUACGGUUAUCUACGAGAUUGACAGGUUCGGUAAUCCACCGGCAGAUCCAAAUGGAGAGCACCUGUUUAAAAUAAAUCCAGCCACUGGACUUAUACAGACGAGUCUAGCCGAUUCCCUAGACAGAGAGAAUAUUGCUCAAUAUUUUGUGCCGAUUGUAGCUAAAGAUCGAGGAGUAGAACAGAAGAGAACCAGUGCCACAGCAACGAUUACUAUACUCGAUAUUAAUGACCAAAUUCCACAGUUUGUUCAGAAAAUUUAUAAAGUCAGUAUGUCGGAGAACCAGAAGUCUGGUCCAGUUGUGACGGUGUCGGCAACUGAUAAAGACAUAGACGAGAAUGCACGAUUAUCGUAUACACUGAAAGAAAGUGACCGGGCAUACUUCAGUGUAGAAGAUAUACCACCUAAUGCUGGGGUUCUUACUGUUUAUAAUGAAGUAGAUUACGAGACGAUCAAGUUCUUUAACCUGACUGUGAUCGUAAAGGACAAUGAGCCGACUGGUUUACAUAAAGACACGGCCUACAUCGAGGUGACAAUAGAGGAUUAUAACGACAAUGCGCCGGAGUUCACGCCUAAGGUGAAAACUAUCCGACACAAGGAAAAUAUUCCGGAAGGGACGUUAUUGUGGACAUGUACCGCAACUGACAAAGAUGAUACCAUAAAUGCAGAAUUUGAGUAUUCUAUAGAUCGUAGUAAAGAUCCAGAUCGUAGGUUUACUGUAGAUCAGAAUGGUGAGGUCAGAGUUCAACGUGGUUUUGAUGGCGAGACAUUAGACAGGGAGGCACUUGCUGGACUCACUGAAGAACGCUACGAGGUUCAUAUACUAGCCAUCGAUAAAGGUUACCCACCAAAGACUGGUACAGCUAUUCUACGUAUAAUUGUUGACGAUCUCAAUGACAAUGCGCCACAGUUUGUACUGCCCUACCCACCCAUGGUGAUGGAGCUGGAACCGCCGCCCAAGUUUGUUAUCACAUUUAGAGCCGAGGACAAAGACACGGCCAGAUUUGGUGCUCCGUUCUUCUUCGCACUGCCGUCUUGUGAAGAGAAUCCAACGUGCAAGAAUGGAGACUUAGAGUUUACGAUGGAAUUUGAUCCAGCCGGUGACAACGGUAGGGGCACAGGAACUGUUACUGCUCAGAAAACAUUCUUCCGAGACAAACAGAAGUUUCAUUACUUACCCAUCAUAAUGUCGGACAUGCGGGGAAAAAAUGAUCCCCAGAGUCGUACAGCAACAAACACGAUGACGAUAGAGAUCGGUGAUGAGAACAAUCACCCUCAUGGUCCCGGACAUAAAGAUAUCUUCGUGUAUAAAUACGACUUUAAAGGAGACUCCAAUUCUACAGGUGUGGAUGAAGAUAUUAUAAUAGGAAAUGUAUAUUCAGCUGAUUUAGAUGAUUGGGAUGUUGUUGACAAAAAUUACGUCUUCUUUGGACCUCCUGCCAUGUCAAAAUAUUUCAGUAUUAACAAGAACAAUGGUUUAAUCAAAAUGAACAAGCAGACUCCUGCAGGUAAACAUGAAUUCAAGGCAAAGGUUCAUGACUUUCGAGUGUUUACAAAGAUAAAUGCAACAGCGACUGUGUCAGUUAUAGUGGAAGAGAUAACGGAUGAGGCUAUUUUUAGUUCCGGCUCGAUCAGAUUCUCAGGGAUGACAGCAGAAGAGUUCGUUACGAGACCCUAUAAUGGGAAGAGUCCUUAUGACAAAUUUAGGACAGUGCUUGCAGACAAAUUGAACGUUCCACUGAACAAUGUGGCUAUAUUUAGUGUAAUGAAUGUAGAAGAUAAUCUUGUAGACAUUAGGUAUGCUGCGCAUGGUUCACCAUAUUACCCUCCGAGUAAACUGGACAGCUUCGUUUCCCUAGACAAACAAGAGUUUGAAGAUGCAGCUGGCAUUAAGAUCACCAUGGUGAACAUCGACAUGUGUCUGAGGGAAACAUGCGAGUCCGGCGGUUGUUCUAACAAACUUGUCAUCGGAGAUUUCCCAAAUCUAGUCAACGCUAACGGCACGUCUUUCAUCGGUGUAGCAACUAGCGUCGUAGCAGAAUGCCAAUGUGCUGCAACAGAUUUCUCGUCACCGCCAGACUGUACACCAGGUUAUUGUCUGAAUGGAGGACAAUGUAUAAAAGAUAAUUGGGGAGAUGUCAGAUGUGUAGAUUGUCCGGACGGUUUUGAUGGUGCCCGCUGUCAGAUGACUCGACACAGUUUCAGCAGAGGUUACGCGCUGUACGCGCCAUUUGCGCAGUGCGAGGACAGUUUGACUAGUAUAGAGUUUCUGUCUAAAGAACCCGAUGGUUUAAUCUUUUAUAACGGUCCAGUAGAGGAGCUCAGCAGAGAUGAUCCUCAAGAUUUUAUAGCUCUGUCGUUAAUCGAUGGCUACCCGGUGCUACAAGUUGACCAUGGGUCAGGAAGUGUGACCUUGACCUUGGACGGGCGUGACCUGAACGGGGAUAGACAUUUACAGAAGUUGAAUGAUGGGAGAUGGCAUCAUGUUGAUAUUGUAAGGAAGGGAAAGGAAGUGACAAUGAUAGUGGAUCGUUGCGAUAUGCUGGUGAUAGACCAGGGGUCAGGCAGGGUUACCGAUCGCUCACCUUGUUCAGUCAGCAUGAAGACUCCGGGAGAGAAUUUAUUCCUCAAUACGAACACGAUGUUACAGCUAGGCGGCAGAUAUGUACAGCCGACUAUACCCACGUCUAUCACUGAUAUCAGAUUUGUAGGCUGUAUGAGAAACUUGAUACAUAACGGAGAGUUAUACGACCUGUAUACCGGCCAAUAUUCUAAGGGAGAGAAUCAUGUUAAUGGAUGUCCGGACGAGGAUAACGUAUGUGGUAUAAACUCCAUAGAUGGGCCGAGGUGUGGUGAACAUGGCACAUGUGAGGUGACUGAUAUGGUCAAUGAACAAUACAAGUGCACAUGCCAUACCGGAUAUAGGUCAUCCGGUCCAGGUGCCAAUGACUGCGGUACAGAAACAACAGUACGAGACCUGAAAAUGAACAGUUUUAUGAGCUGGUCUCUAAAAUUCGACUUUGUGAACACGGAGAUUAAUCCACGCACCACAGAGGUUCAGUUGAAGUUCCGAACCAGGGAUCCAGACGGCCUGCUACUACAUUUGCCUUCAAAUAAUGAAGAGUUCAUCACACUUGAGUUGGUUGGCGGGCAUGUACAAGUUCUAUAUAAUCUGGGCGGAGCGAACGGCGAGUCUUCACUGAUGCUCGCUAAAGCUCCAGCUAGUAACGGACAAUGGCAUACAGUGUACAUGAACAGGAUAGGCAAAUGGUUUGAAUUGAAGAUGGACAGUGGCGAGGGUCGCUACAGGAACGAGACUUGGGGACCGUUUAACGGACGUGAACUGAUAUCUAUACGCAUGUAUCAGAUUGUAACUGGUGCUCAUGUUGUAUUUACUAAAAAUCCAAUACCUGAUGGUCUGGACCUUAAUAACACAUGUAUUACAGACAUUCGUUUGAACUCUAAGUGGUUUCCAAUGACAAACUCGGAGAAUGAACUUAGUGAGGCAGCAACUCUAGAGCUAGAGGAAGGUGUUGCAAAUGACUGUCACAGAGAUGACUGUAAAAAUGCUAUUUGUCCAGAAGGUCUUCCAUUCGCUAUGGUCUGUUUCCCACUUUGGGGCACAUAUGACUGCAGAUGCCCAGCUGGAACAUUCCCCGAUGGAUAUAAUUGCCUGCCUAUAGAUUAUUGUGAACGAGACCAGCCAUGUUUUAAAGGAGCUACAUGUAUUACUAAACCCUACGACCAGAAUUUUACGUGUAUCUGUCCGCUAGGUUGGACAGGAAGAUUGUGCAAUCUUCUGUCUGCAACCGAUCCGGCUCGCGCAGGAAUUACGACAGAAUUUAUCCUGAUAUUGCUCUCCUGUAUAUUUGCUCUAUGUGCAUUUGCAGUGGCAGUUUACCUGUAUGUACGGUUCAGGAAGAAAUCAGAUCCAGAAAAAUAUAUACUAGACAUUGACCCGGAUGAUGAUAUACGGGAAAAUGUCAUCAAUUAUAAUGAGGAAGGUGCUGGUGAGGAAGAUGAAGAUGGUUAUGACAUCAGUAGAUUGAGGAGACCUGACACCGUCGAUACACUUGGUCGUUAUGAUCCCUUACAGGGUAAAUACGGCAGGAGAGUACCAGGUGAGAGACCUGAUGUAGGAGAUUUUAUAGAACAACGACUUCAGGAUGCUGACGAGGACCAUAAUGCACCACCACACGACGGUGUUCGUGAGUUCUAUUUUGAGGGUGGCGGAAGUGAUGCUGGUUCCCUGAGCUCAUUACAAACAUCAUCUGGCGCAGAGGAUCAGGAUUAUGAUUAUCUCAGUGACUGGGGACCGAAAUUUGCUAAACUUGCCAAUAUGUACGGAGGUGAAGACGAGGCGGAGCAUUUAUACUCGUAGAUCUCAAUGACGGUGUCGUGUAUUGUCCGGUUUCUUCUGUAGUAAACUUAUGGCGGCAAAAAUAUGUUUAGAAGUGUAGCGGAACAAAUGUUUCGAAAACAGUAUACUGCGGAACAUUGUUAAACUGAAUGUUUAUAACAGUGUUGACCAAGUCAAUAUGUGUGUUAAUAAACAAACGUUGCAACCAAAGAGGAUAUAUUAAAAGUCUCACUUUCUUACAUAUAAUUAAUGUGCUAAACAUUUAUAUUCAGUUAAACAAACAGUGGUGAUUACAUUAGUGACAAAUGUUAAAUUGAAAUAGUGGGGGGAAACGUGAGAAUUUUUUAUUACGUAAUUGUUAAAUGACGAGAUAACAGUUGAAGGAUUGCGGAUAGAAGAAGUGUAGAGAUGUAAAACAGUGUCUUGCCAGACGUGGACAGCGACGAGAUUAUGUUGUUAUAUUUAUAUUUACCAAGGUUGUGAAAGGGCGGACCGUCCCACUACUCUAGAGGCAUAAUACUUAGAUAUUUAAUACUUAAAUAUGUUUUACUGAACUCUAUAGAACCGAUAGUUAUAUUAGAUUUUAUAGUAUGAUAUAGGUGUUCGUUAUAUAUACAAAGACUGUCUCAGUCAUGACACAAUGGUGGGGGGGGGGUCGGAGGACAAGGGCCAUCCAAAGAUACAGUGUCACAACAAAUUUAUAUAAGAAGUAUAUAAUCAAGUUUAAUGCUAGCGUUAUGUUAGGCAAGCAGUACAGAAUUGCAGAUGAUUUAAGUAGAUGGUUACAUAGUACUAAAUUUCCUGUUUUUUGACAAAGUGCUAACAAGGUUACAUUGUACUAAAUUGCCUGCCUGGUUGAAUGUUGAAGGUUUUUAAGCAUUCCCAUAUGAGAUUAAAUUUUGUAAAUUGUGCAAAAGAAAUUGUGUUUGUCUGGUAAUAUAUUGUCAAUGAUCAUCUUUUAUAUUGUGAAUUAUGUCUCAAAAAAUCAAGUUUUACAUGUUGAUAGUUUUUUCAUGAUUAUAUAAUUGAACAGUGAGUAAUUGUUAUGUAGAUGUAGCUGUAUUGAAUGUUUUUUACAAUAAGUACACAAGUCUAGUUUUGAUAAUUUAAGAACAAGUCGUGUGAUUAGUAUACAAGUCUAGGUUUGAUAAUUUAAGAUCAAGUCAUGUGAUAAGUAUACAAAUCUAGUUUUAAUAGUUUAAGAACAAGUCAUGUGAUUAGUAUACAAGUCUAGUUUUGAUCAUUUAAGAACAAGUCAUGUGACUAGUAUACAAGUCUAGUUUUGAUAAUUCAAGACAAGUCAUGUGUCUAGUAUGCAAGUCUAGUUUUGAUGAUUUCAGAACAAGUCAUGUGACUAGUAUCUAAGUCUAGUUUUGAUAAUUUAAGAACAAGUCAUGUGACUAGAAUACAAGCCUAGUUUUGAUAAUUUAAGACAAGUCAUGUGAUUUUUAUACAAAUCUUGUUUUAAUAGUUUAAGAACGAGUCAUGUGAUUAGUAUACAAGUAUAGUUUUGAUCCAAAGAGUUGAUUUGUCUGGUAUAUAUGUUCAACUUUCAUGAUUAAAGUAACAUGUCAUGUUUUAUCAUAGAAUAUUUUUAUACUUUAAAAAUGACACCAAUUACAUUGUGUGUGUAUAUAUUAUAUAAAAGAAUUUAUUUUAUACAAGUGUAAGAUUAAUAUUAAAAGUAGGGCAUGUCCGUGAUUCAAGGUUAGAAACAUUUUGGUAAUGUUUGAUACCACCUUCUUUAUGAGUAUCGUAAACUAAUAUGUUUCGAAACAGCAUUUCCUCUAUGAGCCAGAAAGUCCACAUUAUACUUAUUUAUGUGCUGACAACAAGAAUUUGCCUUCAUUAUAUCUAUAAAUAGGUAUUGAAGUAAUAGUCUUGCCAUCAGAUCAUGCUCUGCACUGUUAGCUAUCCUGUCAGUAAAUAUUUUAAAAUAUUCCCUGAAAAUGAUGAAUGAUUUUGUCCAGAUGGAAAAAUGGGCAAGUCUAUUUGAUUUAACAAGGUGAGAAUUUAAUUGAAGAGCAAACCUGUAUUUACCAACAUUGUUAAAGUUAGUUGAAAUAUAAAUUUUGUGAUUAAGUUGUACAAAUGCUAGGAGACAUAUUGGACUCAAUUGAGGACAUUCAUAGUUAUUGUAGGAAUUGUAAGACUUUAGUUUCACGUAAAAUAGGAACAAGUUAGUGCUACAGUUUCAUUUCAUGUAUCGAUCAUAGUUUUUUUGUUUUUUGUUAUCAGGACCAAAGAUGUAUUGUAUUGAAUGUAGAUCAGAUAUUGGACGUUGUUAUAUAGGUAUUUAUUUUUGACUUCAUUUAGAUCAUGUACGGACAUUUACACAACCCACCUAGGUCAACAAGCCAAGUCAUUUUACAAUUCACAAAAUAUUUUCUACAUAACAUAUGUACUCUUGUAAGCAAGUGUUGCAAUUAUUAUUACUUUAUCCCGUAUACAUGUGCAUCUUUUUUUUUUCAUGGGCAUAUUUGCUACAAGAAUAAGAUAAAAAAUUUUUUCACCGUCAGUUUUUGUUAUAUUAACUUUGUGUCUCAGCAUUUUUUAGAAAGAACUGACAAUGUUGUUUUCAAACAAUUGUUUAAAAUAUAACAUUAAAUUUUGUAAGUUAGUAUUUUAUACAGUCUGCUCUGGAUUUACCGGUAAUGAGAUCAAUGGAGUCUACAUUGUAAAAUGUACCUUGUUAAAAUCAGUCUCAUUCUUAGUGGAGUAGACAGCAUAUUCUUUAAGCUACAAUCAUUUGGCAUCCCUUUUUAAGGCUGAAAUUUCGAUACAUGGGAAGUCUGCAGGAAUACACCCGUAUAUCUAUAUUUUAUACAGUGACAUACUACAUAUACAGAAUGAGUCUACUUUAUAUACUCCUUGUUUUAGACCAUGUGGUCCAAACCAGCAUAUAGCUAAUAUAUACCUUUCUUCAAAAAGGUAUGACUUUUUCCCUUUCCGUUUAGCAAAAUCUCCUUUUCAAAACAAAUAAGUAUAUUCAAAUAGUAAUUUACAUAAGAUUUUUAGUUUUCAAUAUUUAAAAGAACAAGAUUAUGUUUCAUUUUAAGCAUGCUCUUGUAUUUGUGCAGUAUGAAAUAUAAAGUUUGUUCUUUUUGUUUGGUAACUAAAUAUUUCCGCACCUUAAUGCAGUAACGGGGUAACUCCUUAUAACAUUAAAUAGGAGUUAACCUGUUACUGCUCUAAGGUGACGAUGUAUGCAGUAACAGAACCUGUUCAUUAUGUUUAAUAUCAUUAGGUUGUGUAAUUUACGUUUCUAUAUAAAGUUUUAUGUUUUACAACUUUUUGUCAGAAUUUGUCAGUAUUAUUAAGUUAUUUAUUUUUCUUAGUUAUAGUCUUGUUUUUUCCCCCGAUGUGAAAAAUAUUAUAUUAAUUUUUUCAUCUUUUUAUCAAAAUU